AUAAAACUACAUUUCCCACAAUGCCMUGCACCUUUCCUGUACAUCCUGCUCGUGAAGAUAGCGGGCAAUCGGUCGUCAAAAACAAUCCUAUCAUUUUGAGAAUUUAUGUAAAAUCAAAUAUAUAAUCACCAGGCUACGGGAAUUGAUAUUGUUUAAAACAACCGACUCAAAGAAAAGACAAUGAUCCGCUUCAUCCUGAUUCAGAACCGAGCAGGGAAGACCCGACUGGCCAAGUGGUACAUGCAGUUUGAUGACGACGAGAAACAGAAGCUGAUUGAGGAGGUGCACGCUGUGGUGACUGUCCGUGAUGCCAAGCACACCAACUUUGUGGAGUUCAGGAACUUCAAGAUCAUCUAUAGGCGCUAUGCAGGUCUGUACUUCUGUAUAUGUGUGGAUGUGACAGACAACAACCUGGCAUACCUGGAGGGCAUUCACAACUUUGUGGAGGUGUUGAAUGAGUAUUUCCACAACGUAUGCGAGUUGGAUCUGGUGUUCAACUUCUACAAGGUGUACACGGUGGUGGAUGAGAUGUUCCUGGCGGGGGAGAUCAGAGAGACGAGCCAGACCAAGGUCCUCAAGCAGCUGCUAAUGCUCCAGUCCCUCGAGUAGCCAACAGGGCAGCCAUUUUGAACAGUCCAUCACCCACCCACCAUCAAUGUCACUCUGGAAUGGACCCCUCUCCUUUGCCAGCCUCCACCCCUUACAGAAACCAGGGGCUUAUUCACGAAGCUGCAAAGUCACAGAAGGUUCAGAUAGAAAUGCAUGGUGUAGAACAGACAUGUUCUGUCAUGCAGAAUUGGGAAUCUAGUCAGCUCUACACAUUACAUUUCUAUUUGCAACAAUGAGAGUUUCAACCUCCUGAUUAUGCCCCAUAAAGACUGUGUAUUUUGGUGAUGCGUGGCAGAUAUGGCCCUUAACAUUUCAUUUCUUAACCGCCAGUUCAAGUAAAAUCAUCUGGAUGAGUACAUUUGCAGCACAGCGUACAGCUGGACGCCCCACUGAAAAUAAAUGUUCUCUCUAUGCCCUGUCUCAAGCUGGAGGCUGCACUUAUGGCAGACUAGGGUUGCCAGUUAUUCACCUGUGUAUCCCGCCUAUACUAGUGGAGAGAGAAUAACAAGGAUGCACUGUUCUGGCAACCCCAGAGCGGCACUAAAGUAGCUAACGAGCACAAGAAAACCCUUGUAAACUGCCUGUGAUAUCCCUGUCUACUUUGCACCAUACUUCUGCCUGGGAGAAUCACAGUUUGAGCUGCAGAGUGACUAAACCACCACUACGAAUGCCCAUUGAAUCCAUUGACCUCUGGUGGUGGUUCACAUUUCAAUGGAGUGCACUUACUAAGAGUGCUGUUGAGAGGUCUGGUAAUGGCAACCUGUAAAGGGUCCCAUCUACUAUGAGAUUCUCUGGUCUUAAAUAACUUAAUAUCAUGUCAGGUUGUAUAUCAGACAAUGUGUCUCCACUCCACAUAUGGUGCUUGUUAGUCACACCCAGAUGUGUUCAAAUUUAAAUACACACUACUACUUUAAGUUAAAGGAAACUCAACAGGAAAAAGUUACUGGUAAGAAAUCUAGCUAAUGGAAAUGUUAAGCAGUACUGUGAAGUUUGUUUUGUAUGGUGUACAUAUAUAUAGUGUGAAACCAUUGUCGUCCAUUCCAGGCCUUUCCCCAGCUUCUGCCUGUCUCGUCACUGGGUGUUUAAUACACAGAUCCGAAUUGGGGGAAAUUCCAUUAAUAUUCACUGGUCACCUCAUACUACAAAAAAUGGGUUUCUAACAUCAACCAGAGGCCAAACAAUAUGUCCAACAUUCCAGAGGCACUUAUCUAGGUCUGUGACACCACCUUGUACCAUUUCUCAUUGUAACCAUGUCCAGUCUUGCACCUCCCAACAUAUCACACGUUACUAUUAUGGUCUUAAAUGUUUUUUUGGGGGCUAUAGUGAGAGAUGUACUGCUUCUCCUCCUCUGUCAUGGAAGAUGUGAGUUUAGGUGUUACUGUCUCCUGUUAGUAAACUAUCCAGUCAUUUUAUUCCAGUCAGUGUAUAUACAAAAAAAUCUAAGUACUAAAUAAAGUGUUACAAAUA